GGUCCGCUUGGCAAAGGUGCUGGUGGAUUGGUAGUGGGGAGCAAUGUCGGGAUAGGGACGCGGCUGACUAUGUAUCAGACUCCGCCGAGCGAGGAAGUGACUCUGGAGAGUCUGGAGGAAUUUGCCUUGGACCGCCUGCGCGUGCUGAAGUCCAUCGAGGAUGCGAAGUCGCGGGGCAAGCGUCCCGACGAGAUGGACGCGCUCGUGCACGGGCUAUGGCGGAAGCACAUGCGUUGCGCGACCCCGGCGGAGACGGCGCAGAAAGACGUGGUGUCCCAUUUCAUUCUCCGGCUGGCUUAUUGCCUGACGGAGGAGCUGAGGAGGUGGUUCUUGGCUAUGGAGUCCUUUCUCUUUCGUCACAGGUUUCGCAUCGAGGGGCCUGAUGUCCAGAAAAAGUUUUUGGAAGACAGCGACCUGCCUUACCAGGCAAUAAGCGCGGCGGAGUACGGCGGAGUGCGGGACAAGCUGGCGCAGGUAGCGCGAUCCGUCGGGGCCCCGAUCCCUCAAGACGAUAGCAUUUAUUACAAGGUGCAGUUCGAGGAGGUCACUGAGCUGGUGGCCUUCAGGCGGGUGUACAUUAAUAAAGGCUUUGCCUUUGUCCCCCGGGAUCACCUCUCGACUCUCGUGGUAGGCCAUUUUCGCAGCAGACUGUCGAAAGCCUUGGUCUUUACGAACAGGCAGUGGGCUUUCAAGGUGGCUCUGGAGGAGAAGGACCGGUUGGCACCGAUCGUGGAGGCGCUAAGUACCCGGUACUUGGGACCGAAUUAUGCUCAGCCGCAUGGGGCAGGAGCAGGAGGAGCAGGAGGAGAUGUUAGACUGCAGGAUCUGGAUGCGUUGGCAUUCCAGUCGUUCCCUCUGUGUAUGCGGCACCUGCAUGUUAAGCUCAAGGAUGACCACCACCUCCGCCAUGGGGGUAGAAUGCAAUUAGGCCUGUUUUUGAAAGGGAUAGGGUUGAAAUUGGAAGAUGCGCUGGCAUUCUGGCGGUCGGAAUUCGGCAAAGGCGUGGGCGUUGAGAAAUUCGACAAGGAGUAUGCGUAUAACGUCCGGCACAACUACGGCAAAGAGGGAAAACGGACAGACUACACACCGUACUCGUGCGUGAAGAUCAUCAAGCAGACGCCGGGGGUGGGGGACCACCACGGGUGUCCUUAUCGGCAUUUCAGCGAGGAGAAUCUGCGGGCAGCGCUCGGCUCGCUGCGAUUGGACGGCCGGACGACUGACGAAAUCAUGGGCAAGGUGCGGGGCUGCCACUACCAGCUGGCGUGCGCGCAGGCCUUCGAAGCGGUGCAUGGCUGCUCGUGCGACACGGGUAUAAAUCACCCAAACCAGUAUUUCGAGCAGAGCCGGAAGGUCUUGCAGCCACCGGCUGAGGAGGAGGGAAAGGGUCAGAGGCAGCACAAUGACAACACAGCACACCUAGAGGGAGAAGGAGGAGAAGGGGGGGGAGGGGAUAUCAGCAUGUUAGACUCUGAGUCGCAAGCGACACAGAUGUGAUGGCACUGGAAAACUGAGCAAAAGAGUGGCACCAGAUUCAGGACCACGAAAGUUCAUUGAGACACAGCAAACAAAAUCGAAUUGGAAGG